CUUUUCAUGAGGUUCGCAAGUUUACGAAAGAAUCGGGAAUGAACGAUUGAAUGAAUGAACGCGUCGCGAAAAACAAGGAAAUCCCGGAAAAGUAGCGAGGACAGAAUUCAGAGAAAUCCGUCUGUGUGCGUGUGUGCAUCUCGUGUGUGUGUGUGUGUGUGUGUUUGAGCGUGUGCGUGGCACAAGUUUAUGUUUUUGUUUAUAAUCGCACCCACGCCGCUCUCACUUACUUGUGACGUCACAAAAACGAUUUGAUCAUCUUGCGUGCAAUUGCAAAUUGUGUAAUAGUGUAUUAAUAAAAAAUACAAAUAAGACAACAAGCGCAGUGAAAAUGCGACGACAAUGUCAGGCUGCAUUCCGGCACCUGGUGCGUCACUGCCAGGCGACAGCCCCCACAACGACAACAAGAAUGGGCGCCCGAAGAUUCUGCCUAUUCCAAGCGGCGCCCCUGCUCCAAAAGACGCCCCUGCUGACCCACAGACGGCGUUACUCCAAAUUCAGCACCCACCUAAACGAGGAGCGGGCCAUGGAGCUGCUGUGCAAUCUGGAUGAGGAGGAGCGCCACAAUCUGCGCGACGCUCUUGGCAAAAUAGACGCCGACAAGGAGAAGAAGAUGUACGAGAGCCAGCUGGCUGUUGGCAGUUGGCGGACACGCUUUGGACGGCUCUCGAAUAAACCGACAUUGGGACAGGUGGAUCCUUCCGGCUCUUUUUGUGCCGUUCCCGAUGAAUGGCUGCGAAAGAAAAUGGUUGAAUCGGCAACGCCACCCACCGCAGGACAAUUGUACAGCAUUUUCUUUGUCAACGCUGUGCCAUUUAUAGCCUUUGGUUUCCUCGACAAUUUCAUCAUGAUCACGGCCGGCGAAUACAUUGAGUGUUAUUUGGGCCAUUUCAUUACCCUCUCCACAAUGGCUGCUGCGGGCCUGGGGAAUACCAUUAGCGAUGUUAUGGGCAUCACCAUGGCCACGUAUGUGGAGCACGGCUGUCAGAUAUUGGGCCUCAAGCAGCCACAAAUGGCGCCAGCGCAAUUUGAGCUCAAGUCCAGCAAACGUGCCUCCAGUUUUGGUCGUAUUAUGGGCAUCACGGUGGGCUGCUUGCUGGGCAUGUGCCCCUUGUGGUUUAUGGAAGAGAAUCAGGAAGCGAAUGUGCCUGUGCCUGUGCCUGUGCCCAUCGCCGUGGUCACAGCCGAGACAGAGGAGGAAAAAGUUGCGCUUAAUUAGCUUCAAGUUACUCUGGUCAAUUCGAGAUGCUGUUUUGUCUUUAUUAUGUUUAAUUUAUUAUUACCAUCGGACGAUUUUAUUUUGAUAUUUAGAUAUUCUGAUAUUAGACUUAAACUGCCAGCUGAUUGAUUUGCUUUACACGUCUUUGUCCUGGCAUUUCCUUCAACGAACAGACAACAGAUUGUAUUUCCAUCGAAAGGAAGCCCCUGGUGCAAUGCAUAAACGAACUAAUGAGACACUCAAUGUACCUACUAAUCUAUUAAAGUUCAUCCUAGUUCAUAAUCUA